CACCUGAACGAUGCCGACUUCGUUCUAUUUGUUUCCGUAUUGGAGCGUGGUUGUACAGGAGACAUGUUGGCCUAUGCUUCUCAUUGUGGACUCGAUCCUUUCACCUACAGGCCGACAGCGGGUCUCGUGAACUUCUGUCCGGCAGUCUUGAAGAGGAUGAAAUCAAUCGAAUUUCUCUAUGGAAUGACCACCGUCAAGCACGAACUCACUCAUGCAUUCGUGUUCGCCAUGGAACUCUAUCCUUUCUUUCCCGGAGCUGGACCUCGUCAAUGGGAUGGAAAGGUGCAACUUAUACCUAACGUUGCGGAACGAUUCACCCGUGUCGACUGGGAAACUUCAAAAGGACCGGUCGGUAAAAAUAUGAAACAUGAUGUUUACAUGAUAACAACACCAAAGGUGCGAGAAGAAGCUCGGCGGCACUUCAAUUGUACGACAUUGGAGGGAGCCGAAGUUGAAAAUCAGGGUCAUCCUGGAACGAUUUUCUCCCACUGGGAGAAGCGUGUCUUUGAGGAUGAGAUAAUGUCUGGUAGUUAUUCGCAAGUAGCCGCCAUGUCUCGUGUGACGCUGGCAUUAUUCGAAGACUCUGGCUGGUACAAAGUGAACUACGAGUGA